GUUCAGUGCUUUGGCUCCGAGAGUGAGAGAGAGAGAGAAGAGAGAGAGAGAGAGAUCAUUCGGCGGCGACCAUGGAGGUUGAACUUGGGGCUAGGGUUACGUUCUGAAAGGAGGGAGAAAGGGAGAGAAAGAGAGGAUUCCGGCGGUGGCGCCCGUGGAGCUUCCUCUUAUGGCUACGGUUAGGGUUUGAAAGGAAUAGGAGGGGGAAACUUCGAGGUUAUCAUGGCUCGACAGGACAAUCCGUUCUCCCUCCUGGGCGACGACGACGAUGGCGGCGAUGUCGCAGCCCUCCUUCUGAAAGUCGAGGCCAAGAUCUCGGCGGCGGCGGCGGCGGCGGGGGGUGUAGUGGUGGAAGAGAAACCGAAGAGCAGGACCGGCACCGAUGGGUUCCUUUCUAAGCCUCUUCCCCCUGAGCGGAUGGAGAGGGGUAGGGGGAGAGCCGGUCGUGGCCGUGGACUUGGGAGAACUGGAUUUCGAUCUGGUAGCACCGGUGGUGCUGAUGAUGAUGCCGCCGUAAAGUUUGCGAGUGGGUACCUGAGGAGUUUUGGAAGUGAUUCUGGUGGGCGUGGCCGGGGAUAUGCUGGUGGCAGAGGUGGAAGGGGGCGUGGAAGGGGAAGGGGCUUCCAUGAGGGCCAGGGAUUUGAUAGUGCUGAGAUGGAGAUCCAGGGCAAGGGCGGAGAUGGGCUGGAUGAGAGGGACGACGCCCUCAGCAGAUACGAACUUGUGGAGAACCGUGAGCCCAGAUAUGAGAGUAGGAAGUUUGGCGACGAGCAGAAGAGUUCAGGAUGGGAGGAAAAGAAUUUUGACAGUGACAACCGUCGCUUCAGAGGUGCUGAGGGCCGUGAAAGGAGGGGGUUUGAUGGAGGCAAACAUGGUUACAGAGGUGGUGUUAGCCAGAGGUAUGUGGAGAGGGAGCCUGUCCUGGAUGGGAAAAGUGAUGGAUGGAAUGAGUCUCAAAUUAAAGAGGAUGCUCCCAAGGGGAAGGAUCAAACUGAGAAUAAUGCGCUCACUGGUGAUGAUGCAUCUGGAUGGAACCUGCCUGCAACUACCAAUAUCCCGAAGGGGGCAGAGGCAGACAAUGCAGAUCAGAAGCAAUUGGUUGCUCAAGAGGCUCUUGUGGAGACUAAUACCAAGGAAGAGGAUAAUGAAAUGACCCUCCAUGAAUAUGCAAAGGUUCUUCAAGAGAAAAGAAAGGCUUUAGUUUCUCUGAAAAUUGAAGAGAGAAAGGUGGUUGUUGACAAGGAUUUUGAGAGUAUGCAGCUCGUUGAGAGAAAGAAAGAAGACGAUUUUAUUAAACUGAAAAUUGAGAAGGAAAAGCUGAAGAAGAAGGAUAAUACUGAAAAAGAAGAAAAAGUUCGUAAGUCGGUGAGCAUAAACGAAUUUCUAAAACCUGCGGAGGGAGAGAGGUACAUUGGGCCGUCAUCUGGUCGUGGACGUGGUUCUGGUGGGAGAGGUCGUGGUCGUGGAGAUCGUGGUGGAUAUAGAGGUGGGUAUUCGGGGCGGGGAGGCCAUGGCCAUGAUGCUGCCACCGCACUCCAUUUUGAGGAUCCUGCCCAGUUUCCCCUUUUAGGGACUGCAGCCAAGAAAGUGGGGAUGGAAUCUGUGAUCUGUUUUCUUGGCCAAAUGUUGAAACCAUUGCUCAGCUGUGGGACCGAGGGCAAAAGGCAUUAUCCGUCUUCCUAUUUGUUCUUCCUGUAGCCGUUUUGAGGUACACUUCAAAUCCUUCAUUCCUUGUUAUUUCUAUCAUAUGGUUUCCAAAGCCCUGAAGUAAUUUGCGUCUGCUGUCUUGCACCUAUGCCCGAAGCCGCCUUUAUCGCAACACCACCUGUUUCUCGUCGCUGUCGCCCUCUGACGUUCUUUCUUUUCCUGGUUUCCUCUUCCUCUUAUUCUCUUCGGUAUAGAUAUGUCAAUCCAUUUAUAGGUGUAUCGAGAACAAUGUCAAUGCUCCUUGUUAUUCUCCUGAGUAAGGUCGGGUGAAAGAAGUCCGUAAGUCAGAUCCAUUAUUAGGUAUCAGUUCCAUAUCAAUAAAAAUGUCAAUGCUCUUUGUUUGUU